CCCAGUUCCAACGUCACUGCUGACGGACUCGAAAUCGUGACGGCCAACCCCAAGACGUGCAAACGCCCAACCAAAUCCGGAGAUAACAUCAGUGUACACUACCGUGGCAAACUGCAGUCCGAUGGCACAAAGUUCGACGAAUCAUACAAACGUGGUGUGCCUUUCAGCUUCAAGCUCGGCGUUGGCCAAGUGAUAAAAGGAUGGGAUCAGGGUUUAUUGGACAUGUGCGUCGGCGAGAAGAGGAAGCUGGUCAUCCCUCCGGAGCUGGCUUACGGACACAGUGAUAUGGGAAUCAUCCCUCCGGACAGCACUCUAAUCUUUGAAACCGAGCUCAUCCAAAUAUCUGGUGUACCUGCUGAGGUCGAAGAGCCUGCCCUUAGACCAGAGGAACUUCUACCACCUCCACCAGUCCCGCAAGAGGACUUCCCCUCGCUGUCCGACACUGGAUCUGAGAAAGGCCCCAAGGACAAGCCUGAAGAGCAAGACGGCGAAUGUAAGCUUCUAGGUCCGUUCGCCUUGAUCGUGCAAGCUGCCCUGGGUGCUCUUGCCCUGCUUUCCCUUGUUUUCAAACGUUGGAGAGAGCGUCCGAGACGUCCGCUCAAGAUCUGGUUCUUCGACGUCUCCAAACAAGUGGCUGGUACUUUCUUGUUGCAUCUUGCUAAUCUGGCCAUGUCAAUGUUCUCAUCGGGAAAAUUCGACCUGGCCAGCACAAAAUCCGAGGACAUCUCGGCAAGUGUUUCUGCUGUUACCGCCGACGAUGGCAAGAUGCCGAACCCUUGUUCGUUCUAUCUCUUGAACCUGGCUAUUGAUACUACUAUUGGUAUCCCGGUCCUGGUCAUAUUGUUACGUGUUCUACACAGUCUUUUCGCCAAAACACCCAUUGCGAACCCGCCCGAAUCCAUCAAGUCUGGCUACUACGGCAACCCACCGCGUGCGACUUGGUGGCUCAAGCAAUCUGUCAUCUACUUUAUCGGACUUUUCGGCAUGAAAUUGUUUGUCUUCUUGCUCUUUGCGAUGCUCCCUUGGCUUCCAUGGGUCGGAGACUGGGCUCUACGCUGGACCGAGGGCAACGAGGCUCUCCAGAUCGCAUUCGUCAUGUUCAUCUUCCCCGUGGCCAUGAACGGCCUUCAGUACUACAUCAUUGAUGGCUUCAUCAAGGGCAAGGAGUCAGAUAGAGAAGGAUUCCAAGCAGUGCCUACUGACGACGAUGAUGAAGAG